CGACUGAGAACGAUUUCUCUCACGUGUCAUGCAAGUCUUCAUACACACACACGCCCAAUUGUCCCUGAGCUCUGUGUCCUACCACGAAUAUUACAAUCGGGGAAGAAAGCUUUUUUGAGUCUUCUUUAAGGACUGAAUCAGAGGCUCUCAGUCUUUUGGAAUCUGCAGAAGAAGAGGAUCUUUGAUGGGCAAAUUCAGGAGGGUCUGUGUCUUCUGCGGAAGUAAUUCCGGGAACAGAACGAUAUUCAGUGACGCAGCUUCCGAGCUCGGAAGAGAGCUGGUACUCGUGUCACAGGUUGAAAGGAAAAUGGAUUUAAUCUAUGGAGGUGGCAGUAUUGGUCUUAUGGGACUGGUCUCUCGUACCGUCUUUAACGGCGGCUGCAAUGUUCUCGGGAUUUCCCCAACAGCUCUGCUUCCACUCGAGGCGACACGAAAUGCAGUAGGAGAAGUGUUGAUAGUCUCGGACAUGCAUCAAAGGAAGGCUGAGAUGGCUCGUCGAGCUGAUGCUUUCAUUGCCCUGCCCGGAGGGUAUGGGACUUUCGAGGAGCUACUCGAGAUGAUAACUUGGUCCCAGCUUGGUAUCCAUGCCAAACCAGUGGGCCUUUUGAAUGUCGACGGGUAUUACGACUGCCUGCUGCGGCUGUUCGACAAAGGAGUAGAAGAAGGAUUCAUAAAGCCGGCUGCUAGGAAUAUUGUCAUAUCAGCAAAGACUGCUAGAGACCUCAUGCAGAAAAUGGAGGAUUACGUGCCCGUGCACGAGCAAGUAGCGCCAAGUCAUAGCUGGAGUGAGGAAGAAAUAAGCAAUUUAUAGCCGUAUUCUUUUAUAGGAAAUGAAUUUUGUUCUCUUCUUCGCAAGUUCUUUUCCUCUCUGUCUUUCGGGAACUGAAUGACAGACUUGGUGCCUUUAAUGGCAAUUCUGACAAACCAGAUCAUAUUUGAACUUUCA